AUGGGCGCGCCGAAGGUCCGGGCGCCCGCGGCGGCGCUGGGGCUGCUGCUGUGCGCGGUGUUGGGACGCGCGGGCCCGGCCGAGGGCACCAGCCGUCGGGUCGCCGCCGAGCGCCCGUGCCCCGCUCCCUGCCGCUGCCUCGGGGACCUGCUGGACUGCAGUCGCCUGCGGCUGGCGCACCUUCCCGAGCCGCUCCCGCCCUGGGUCGCCCGGCUGGACUUAAGUCACAACAGGUUGUCUGUCAUCAAGGCAAGUUCCACGAGCCACCUUCAAAGCCUUCGAGAAGUGAAACUGAACAACAAUGAAUUGGAGACCAUUCCAAAUCUAGGACCUGUCUCAGCAAAUAUUACACUUCUCUCCUUAGCUGGAAACAGGAUUGCUGAAAUAUUACCUGAACAGCUGAAACACUUUCAGUCCCUGGAAACUUUGGACCUCAGCAGCAAUAAUAUUUCAGAGCUUAAAACUGUAUUUCCACCUCUACAACUCAAAUAUCUGUACAUCAACAGCAACCGGAUCACGUCGAUGGAACCUGGGUGUUUCGAUAAUUUGGCCAGCACACUCCUGGCGUUGAAGCUGAACAGGAACCGGAUCUCAGCUAUACCACCCAAGAUGUUCAAACUGCCCCAGCUGCAACACCUUGAACUGAACCGAAACAGGAUAAAAAAUGUAGAUGGGCUCACGUUCCAAGGGCUGGGAGCUUUGAAGUCUCUGAAAAUGCAAAGAAAUGGAGUAACAAAACUUAUGGAUGGAGCUUUUUGGGGGCUGAGCAACAUGGAAAUCUUGCAGCUGGACCAUAACAACCUAACAGAGAUCACCAAAGGCUGGCUUUAUGGCUUGCUGAUGCUACAGGAACUUCAUCUCAGCCAAAAUGCCAUCAACAGGAUCAGCCCUGAUGCCUGGGAGUUCUGCCAAAAACUCAGUGAGCUGGACCUAACUUUCAAUCACUUGUCGAGGUUAGACGAUUCGAGCUUCCUGGGCCUAAGCUUGCUAAAUACACUGCACAUUGGGAACAACAAAGUCAGCUACAUUGCUGAUUGUGCCUUCCGGGGGCUUUCCAGUUUAAAGACUUUGGAUCUGAAGAACAAUGAAAUUUCCUGGACUAUUGAGGACAUGAAUGGUGCUUUCUCGGGGCUUGACAAGCUGCAGCGGCUAACCCUCCAGGGAAACCGGAUUCGAUCUAUUACCAAAAAAGCCUUCACUGGUUUGGAUGCAUUGGAACAUCUAGACCUGAGUGACAACGCAAUCAUGUCAUUACAAGGCAAUGCAUUUUCACAAAUGAAGAAACUUCAACAAUUGCAUUUAAAUACAUCAAGCCUUUUGUGUGAUUGCCAGCUAAAAUGGCUCCCUCAGUGGGUGGCGGAGAACAACUUUCAGAGCUUUGUAAAUGCCAGUUGUGCCCAUCCUCAGCUGCUGAAGGGAAGAAGCAUUUUUGCUGUUAGCCCAGAUGGCUUUGUGUGUGAUGAUUUCCCUAAACCCCAGAUCACGGUUCAGCCAGAAACACAAUCGGCAAUAAAAGGUUCCAAUCUGAGCUUUAUCUGCUCGGCUGCCAGCAGCAGUGAUUCCCCGAUGACUUUUGCUUGGAAGAAGGACAACGAACUACUGCAUGAUGCUGAAAUGGAAAACUACGCACACCUCCGGGCCCAGGGCGGGGAGGUGAUGGAGUACACCACCAUUCUUCGGCUGCGCAACGUGGCGUUUACCAGCGAAGGGAAAUACCAGUGUGUCAUCUCCAAUCACUUUGGUUCAUCCUACUCCGUCAAAGCCAAGCUCACAGUCAACAUGCUCCCUUCUUUCACCAAGACGCCCAUGGACCUUACCAUCCGCGCGGGGGCCAUGGCGCGCUUGGAGUGCGCUGCCCUGGGACACCCGGCCCCGCAGAUAGCCUGGCAGAAGGACGGGGGCACAGACUUCCCUGCCGCCAGGGAGAGGCGCAUGCACGUGAUGCCUGAGGAUGACGUGUUCUUUAUCGUGGAUGUGAAGAUAGAGGACAUCGGGGUGUACAGCUGCACAGCCCAAAACAGCGCAGGAAGCAUUUCUGCCAAUGCGACUCUGACUGUCCUAGAAACGCCAUCGUUUCUGCGGCCCCUGCUGGACCGAACUGUAACCAAGGGAGAAACGGCCGUCCUGCAGUGCAUCGCGGGAGGGAGCCCUCCUCCCAGGCUGAACUGGACCAAGGACGACAGCCCUCUGGUGGUCACUGAGAGGCACUUUUUCGCGGCAGGCCAUCAGCUGCUGAUCAUUGUGGACUCGGAUGUCAGCGAUGCUGGGAAAUACACCUGUGAAAUGUCCAACACGCUGGGCACUGAGAGAGGCCACGUGCGCCUCAGCGUGAUCCCUACCCCGACCUGCGACUCCCCGCAGAUGACUGCCUCAUCCUUAGACGAUGACGGGUGGGCCACUGUGGGCAUCGUGAUCAUAGCCGUGGUUUGCUGUGUGGUGGGCACGUCGCUCGUGUGGGUGGUCAUCAUAUACCACACAAGGCGGAGGAACGAAGAUUGCAGCAUCACCAACACAGAUGAGACCAACUUGCCGGCAGAUAUCCCCAGUUAUUUGUCGUCUCAGGGAACGUUAGCUGACAGACAGGAUGGGUACGUGUCCUCAGAAAGCGGAAGCCACCACCAGUUCGUCACUUCCUCAGGGGGCGGAUUUUUCUUACCACAACACGACAGCAACGGGACAUGUCAUAUUGACAACAGCAGUGAAACCGACGUAGAAGCUGCCACAGAUCCAUUCCUGUGUCCCUUUCUGGGACCCCCAGGCCCUGUGUAUGUGAAGGGGAAUGUAUAUGGGCCGGAUCCCUUUGAAGCCUAUCACACAGGUUGCGGCCCGGACCCUCGAGCUGCUUUAAUGGACCACUGCGAGCCCGGUUGCCAAAAGAAAAAGGAGUGCUACCCCUGUCCUCACCCUCCCGAAGAAUCCUGCGAGCAGAGUGGCAGGGACAUAGGCUGGCCCUCCCACGUGAGGAAGUUAAUCAGCUCUACUUACUCUCCACAUGAAGGACCCGGCCCGAAAAACGUGUGUCCAAACAAGUCCUCUUUAGAUUUUAGUCCAAGUUCAGAGCCGGCGUCCGUGACUUCAAGUAAUUCGUUCAUGGGAACGUUUGGAAAGCCUCUGAGGAGACCUCACCUGGAUGCCUUUUCAAGCUUUGGACAGCUGUCGGAUUGUCAGCCAAGAGCCUUUCACUUGAAAGCUCAUUCUUCCCCAGACUUGGACUCUGAGUCAGAGGAAGAUGGGAAAGAAAGGACAGAUUUUCAGCAAGAAAAUCACACAUGUACCUAUAAACAGACCUUAGAAAACCACAGGACUCCAAAUUUUCAGUCUUAUGACUUGGACACAUAGACUGAAUGGGACCAAAGAGUUCUAAUAUACUACUACCUCAAGUGGACUUUUAUUUAAAAGAGAGAGAAUCCUAUGUUUUUAAAUGGAGUUAUGAAUUUUAAAAGGAUAAAAUGUCUUAUUUAUACAGAUGGACCAAAAUUACCAAAAUUUAUAAAAAUUUUAUACUGGGAGUAACUUUCAUAUAAGAAUUUCUUUUUAAACUAUUUUAUAACUUUGUUUUAUGCAACAACAAAAAAAUCUUGUGUAAAUUAAGGGAAUAAAUCCAUGACUAUUUUAUGUAUUUUUAUAAUGCCAGAUUUUUUUUUUUAUUGAAAAUAAGUACUAAAGCAAUUUAAAUAAUACCUGUCUUGUACUUUUUUUGAAUAGAGGUCACUUCAUUUUACUUUGCACAUUACA